UAUGAUGCUGUUCCCAUCCAAUCAAGUGUGGUGUUAUGCUCCUGUUCGUCCCCAUCAAUGGUGAGGAACCAAGCAGAUUCCAGCACUCCAUCUGUCAUUUCCACCUGUGGCAGCAGACAGGGAUCUAACAUGGAGGGCACAGCAGCUGAAUCAAGAUCUGGUUCAAACUCCUUGCAGCAACAUACAGGACAGCAGCCUCCGCAGCCUCGGAAGAAACGACCUGAUGACUUCAAGUUUGGGAAGAUUCUGGGUGAAGGAUCUUUUUCAACGGUUGUCUUGGCACGAGAAUUGGCAAGUUCCAGAGAAUAUGCCAUUAAAAUCCUAGAGAAACGUCAUAUCAUCAAAGAAAAUAAGGUGCCAUACGUGACACGAGAGAGAGAUGUCAUGUCCCGUCUGGAUCACCCUUUCUUUGUGAAACUCUACUUCACCUUUCAGGAUGAUGAAAAGCUGUAUUUUGGGCUUAGCUAUGCCAAGAAUGGGGAGCUGCUGAAGUACAUACGCAAGAUUGGCUCAUUUGAUGAGACCUGUACCAGGUUUUACACUGCUGAAAUUGUAUCAGCCCUGGAGUAUUUGCAUGGGAAAGGAAUAAUUCACAG